CAUUUUGAUGUUCGUGUACGUUCUUCCAUUACACGCCGUGCAUGUGCAGUGACUCCUCCUUUUGCCAAAGCAUCUUUGACGCUGCGACUGUUUUGUUUCUGCUAGGGGAUUACUUGGUGGAAUUAGAAAGGUAUUCCCUAAUUUGGCUCAUCCUUCCCGUUAAGGCAACUCGCCUCUGUGCGUUUGUGCGCAACUCGGACGGCGUCGUAAGCGCAUCGCGUGGCCCCCUGGUGAGGCAGCAGUUCGGGAGAGCCACCCAAGGGUGCAGCUAUCGGAAGGGGGAGAAGAAAGGAGCAAACGAGAAAGCUAAAGAGGCGCACCGGAUAGGAGAGCGCCAUCACACCAGAGAAGCGAACGUGAAUACGGUGUAGUAGGUCUCCGCUCCCCACCUCAUCUGACGGCUUUUCAUCUGACGGCGUUUCAUCUGACGGCUUUUCAUCUGACGGCUUUUCACCUGACCGCUUUUCAUCUGACCGCUUCUCAUCUGACCGCUUCUCAUCUGACCGCUUCUCAUCUGACCGCUUCUCAUCUGAUUGCUCCCCCCCCGCGCACGAUGCAACGAAGCAGCAACGAGGGCCUGAGCGAAUGGUGCCUGAUCGAGAGCAACCCCUGCAUCUUCAACGACAUGCUGAGCCGGAUGGGCGCGAAGCACCUCUCCGUGGAGGACGUGUACGAUUUGGAGUUCUUCGACGACUACAUCUAUAACAGGGAUGUGGUCAGCGUGGAGCACGUCCUCAGCAUCGAGCUGUACAAAACGGAGAAGGAGAAGGAGAAGGAGCGGGAGGAGCGGGAGGAGCAGAAGGAGCGGGAGGAGCGGGAGGAGCAGAAGGAGCAGAAUGCCGCUGAUGGAAGCACCGGGGGAGGGGCGCCCCCGAAAAGGGAGAUGUACCGAAACACAGCCGAAACGGACGAAAAGUACUACCGGCUCAUAAGAAACGAAAACAGCAUUUUUGGAAUUAUUUUCCUUUUUAACAUCGGGAAGAGCUACAAGAGGAACAAGUUCGUGGAGCACAGUGUGCCAGAGAACCUCUUCUUUGCAAAGCAGGUGAUCCCGAACGCAUGUGCCACGCAAGCAAUCCUGUCUAUUGUCCUAAAUAUAGGGGUAGAACUGAACGAAGAAAUAAAAAACAUCAAAUCGUUUAGCAAUAACUUUGAUAGCUCGAUGAAGGGGCUCACCCUCUCCAACUGUAACUUCCUUCGAAACAUCCACAAUACGUAUAAGCCUCCCAUAUAUAUAGAAAAGGAGAACCUGCAUGACGAAAAGGGAAAGAACAACGACUCCUUCCACUUCGUUUCGUAUAUACAAUUUGGCGGGAGUGUCUACAUGCUGGACGGCCUGCAGGAGGGGCCCGUGCUCAUCGGGCAGACCGGGGGCGCGGACGGCCGCCGCAGUUGGGUCGACCUCGCCAGGGAGCACAUCAAGAAGGAGAUCGACGAGAUAUGCGGGGUUAGCGGUGGUAGCGGAGUUAGCGGCGGUGUGGGUGGAAGCAGCGGUGGCCGUGGCGGCAGCGGUGGGGGGGACGGGCGGUUCAACAUCCUAAUCGUGGUGAAGGACAAGGAGUAUUUGCUCAAAGAGUUUUAUAAAAUCCACAGAAUUUUGUAUAAGAGACUCUUCACCAAGUUACGCAGCCUGGGGGUGAAGGAGGAAUUAUUACUGGACCCAGUACACGAUAAAAUAAACGACCAACUGAGCGAAGAGAUAAGCGCAGAAAUGAACGGCCAAGUAAGCGGCCAAGCAAACGGCCAAGCGAACGGCCAAGCAAACGUCCAAGCGAACGGCCAAGUAAUCGAAGAAAAGUUUAACUACGCGAAUAUCCCCACCGUGGAGGAGCUCCCAGACAAUAUCGGAGAGCUGCUGACCACUUUCCAUAAGUCCCAAUUUGAAAUCAACUACCUGCAGGCCCUUUUGCAGGAGCAGAAGCAGUUGAAGCGCUCCUCGAAGAAGGAGCUGGCCUUCAAAUAUUUUAAUUUCUACCCCUUCGUGAUGUCCUCUUUGAAGCUCAUGGCCAAGCACAAGUUCUUGAAGGAGGCCUACCAGAAGCAGAAGCAGAAGCGCAGGCGGGCCAUCGCCUAG